GAUUUAUUUAGAGUUUUGAAAUGGGAAAAUUGUAAGAAUUAGUGUUAAUAAAGUUUAAAACCAGGACGUUUGAUUGUUAUGCUUGCAGGAAGAUAUGCAGGAAAAAAGGCAAUAUUAAUAAAAGCUAAUGAAGAAACUACAAAAGUAAAUAUAAAAAGGAAAUGGUUAGGAUUGUAAAUUUCCAAAUGGUUUAGUGGUUGGAAUUUAAAGAUAUCCUAGAAAGGUAACUAAGAGAAUGGGAUAAAAAUAAAUAAGAAAGCGAACCACAUUAAAAGUAUUCAUAAAACAAUUAAAUUUAAAUCAUAUAAUGCCAACAAGGUUAUUAAAAAUAAUAACAUAAUAAUAGAUAUAGAUUAGAGGAAUCAACAUUAAAGGAAGUAAGAGAUAGAAUAGAGAGAGUAAAAGAAUCUGAAUUAAAGAAUGUUGAAAAAAGAAAAGAGUUAAGAAAGAAUUUAAGGAAGUAUUUGGCUGAGAAAUACAGAACAUUACCAGCUGGAAGUUUGGCAGANGAAUUUAUAGAACAGAUGAAUUAAAUUUAAUAACAUACUAAUAAAUUCUCUAAUUGCAUGAAAUAUCCACAUAUUUCGCUAAGAAAUUUAUUCUUAUCAAUUCAAGAAAUGAAAUUUAAGGAAAUUAAUUAACUUAUAAAACUAAAUUAUUGA